AUGUGGGUCUGCACCUCACUAUGCCGGAUACGAGCUGUGGCCGGGCCGCGGCACUGGCUGUCGCUGGCUUCAGGGCACCGCGGACCGGCUGCCUCCUCCUACUCCGCAUCUGCCGAUCCCUCCCAGGUCCGGGCGCUGGUCUACGGGCAUCACGGGGAUCCAGCCAAGGUCGUCGAACUGAAGAACCUGGAGCUGGCUGCUGUGGGCGGAUCAGACGUCCGUGUGAAGAUGCUAGCGGCCCCUAUCAAUCCAGCUGACAUAAAUAUGAUCCAAGGAAACUAUGGGUUCCUUCCCAAACUACCUGCCGUUGGAGGGAAUGAAGGUGUUGGCCAAGUGGUCUCAGCAGGCAGCCAUGUGACUGGGGUGAAGCCAGGAGACUGGGUGGUUCUAGCAGAACCCGGCUUGGGAACUUGGCGGACCGAGGCUGUGUUCAGUGAAAAAGUGCUAGUUAGCGUUCCGAGUGACCUCCCUCUUCAAAGUGCUGCCACCCUGACCGUCAAUCCCUGCACAGCCUACAGGAUGUUGAUGGACUUCGAGCAGCUGCAUCCAGGGGACUCUGUAAUCCAGAAUGCGUCCAACAGUGGAGUGGGACAAGCAGUCAUCCAGAUUGCAGCAGCUCUGGGCCUGAGGACCAUCAAUGUGGUCAGAGACAGACCUGACAUUCAGAAGCUGACAGAAAGACUGAAGAAUCUGGGAGCAGAACAUGUCAUCACAGAGGAGGAACUGAGAAAACCUGAGAUGAAAAACAUCUUUAAGACCAUUCCCCAGCCACGGCUUGCUCUCAACUGUGUCGGCGGGAAAAGCUCCACAGAGCUGCUGCGGCAGUUAGCGCCUGGAGGAACCUUGGUGACCUACGGGGGCAUGGCCAAGCAGCCUGUAACAGCCUCUGUGAGCCUGCUCAUUUUUAAGGAUGUCAGACUCCGGGGCUUUUGGUUGUCCCAGUGGAAGAAGGACCACAGUGCAGAGCAGUUCAAGGAGCUGAUCCUCACACUGUGCAGCUUUAUCCAGAGAGGCCAGCUCACAGCCCCCACCUGCUCUGAGGUCCCCCUGCAAGACUACCAACGCGCCUUGGAAGCUUCCAUGAAGCCCUUCGUGUCUUCAAAGCAGAUUCUCACCAUGUGUUGA